AUGCCCAACACUAAGUAUGCUCAAUACUGCGAUCCUUCAGGAGACCCCGCCAAGACUGUAGGUAUUAUCAUCGAUUCCACUAAUAACAAAAACGUUGUUAAGAAUGUUGUUCAAGGAUGGAGUCAGGGUAAGCCUUGGACUGGCAAACAAGACAGCAGAAUUUGGAGUAAGAAAGAUCUUUGGUUCUUUAGCUGGGAUAAUAGGAAGAAUGGAAAUGCCAAUCCUGACCCCAAUCUUAACGAAUGUAAGUAUGAGAGGAUUAGACAAGUUUCAGAUCCUGCCGGAGAUGUAGCAAAAAGAUGUGGAAUUACGACUGAUGCUCUGGAACUAUACAAUUCUGGGGUUAAUAUGGGAACAUUGAAGGUGAACCAACCUGUUUGCUGCAGUAUUGGGAAACUACCCGAUUUUAAACCGAAGCCUAAUGGGGAUGGUAGUUGUUUCGUUCAUACGGUGGCACCUAACGAGAGUUGUGAGUCCAUUAUAGCAGCUUAUCCUCCUCUUACUAAGAAUGAUCUAUUUACCUAUAAUAAUGGUAAAGAUGGAACUUAUGGAUGGAUGGGAUGCGAUAAUGGUUAUCCUUGGAUUAAUACUAAAAUUUGUCUCAGUAGUGGGACUAGUCCCCGCCCGAAUUCCGUUCCUGAUGCGGAAUGUGGUGAUCUAGCUCCCGGGGACAAAUACAAGAGUGAAUGUCCUCUCAAAGCAUGCUGUAGCAAAGAUGGAUUUUGUGGUCUAGGCACCGAUCAUUGCGCAAUUAAGGAUUCUCCUACUGGAUCUCCUGGAACAUCUGGUUGUUUUUCUAACUGUGGAAAGCAUGACAUGGUGAUAAACCCCACUAAACCUGCAGACUUUAAGAGAAUCGGUUAUUAUGAAACUUGGAGUACAGGUUGGUCUUGUAUGAAUGGUGGAUUGAAAUCUGUGGACUGGAGUAAGUAUACUCAUAUCCAUUAUUCUUUCGCAGAUAUAGGAACUAACUUACAAGUAACUAUGGAUAAAUACGCUUCCAAUGAAUUCGAGAAAUUCAAAAGUAUUCCCAGCAUUAAAAAGAUUCUUAGCUUUGGGGGAUGGGGUAUCAGCACUGAUAUAUCCACUUAUGAACAUCUUCGUAAUGCUAUGUUGCCAAGUAACGUUGAUGUCACAGUGAGCAACUUAGUUAAGUUCGCCAAUGAUAAUAAUCUUGACGGAUUAGAUAUUGACUGGGAGUAUCCUGGCGCUCCUGAUAUUCCUGGUAUUCCACCUGGUAAAAUCGCUGAUGGACCUAACUAUCUGGUAUUUCUGAAAAAGUUAAGAGCUAAAUUGCCUGUAAGCAAAACUCUAUCUAUCGCGGCGCCAGCAUCAUAUUGGUAUCUUAAAGGUUUUCCUAUUGCUGAUAUGUCAAAGGUUGUUGAUUAUAUUAUCUUCAUGACUUAUGAUCUUCACGGUCAGUGGGAUUACGGUAACAAAUAUACCGGUAAUUUCCUCAAGAGCCAUGUAGAUGUCAGAGAAAUAAUAGAUAUGUUCUCUCUUCUGACUUAUGCUGGAGUUGAUAGUAACAAAGUAAUCAUGGGUGUUGGUAAUUAUGGGAGAAGCUUUAAGAUGUCAGAUUCCAACUGCUGGCAAUCUAAUGGAGUAUGUAGAUUUACAGGUCCUGAUAGUGGUGCACAGCCGGGCAAAUGUACUAACACAGCAGGUUAUAUAUCGAUGGCCGAAAUCCAAGAGAUAAUCAAGAAAGGAGACGGUAAGGUUGUUACGGACUUUGGUAGUGACAGCAGUAUUAUGAUAUGGGGUAGUGACAAUUGGGUAGCAUAUACUGAUGAAACAACAAAUAAAAGAAGAGAGACAACAUACCAGAAUACAUGGCAUACGGGGGGAAUAGUAGAAUGGGCUGUUGAUUUGUUAGGAAAUAGUAAC